AUGCCAUCCUCUACCGAGAAAGUAGCCUUAGACGGCAGUCACGGGACGAAAGAUGCGCUCGUACAUAGAUACAGUCGUCUAUCCGUCAUAGCCUUUGCCUUCACGACAACCAACUCAUGGCUGGCCUUCGGGUCGGGCAUUGCCGUACCCUUGAUAUCUGGGGGAGGGCCUGCUCUCAUCUACGGGCUCAUUGUCAGUGGUAUCGUCAUGGCGACCAUUGGCGCGGGCUUCGCCGAGCUUGCCUCCGCGUUUCCGUCAGCAGGUGGCCAAUAUCAUAUCGUCUACAUGGUGUUUCCGCCAAAGCAUCGUCGCAGUGCCGCGUUCGUUACCGCCUGGAUGAGUAUCUUGUCAACAGCGCUUGGGCUGGCCUCGUGCAACUUCUUCGUGGCAAGUUCAAUCGCCGACCUGGCUGCCCUAUGGAACCCGGGAUAUGAGCCCCAGGCAUGGCAGAUCUACCUUCUACACGUCCUCCUUUGCGUCAUUGGCUUUAUCGCCACAUCUCACUUCCCCGGUGCGAUUGGUCGCGUCGGCAUCGCCAUUUUCUGGCUCUCUCUCGUCGGUUUUGCGGCUUCCAUUGCAUCUGUUUUAGCAGUCAGCCCAGAGAAGCAACCGGCUUCAUUUGUGUUCAAGGACUAUCCCAAUACGAGCGGGUGGUCGGAUGGCUUCGCAUUUGUACUUGGCGUCACCGGCUGCCUCUGGGCUUACAGUGGUGUUGACGGGCCAACUCAUCUAGCAGAAGAGGUGCAGAAUCCAAACCGCAACGUGCCUAUCGCUAUUGGAUUGACCAUCAGCUUGGGGUUUAUUACCGUUGUCGUAUGGAAUAUCGCGCUGCUCUUUGCCAUAACCGACCUCGAGGCGAUUGUCGCGUCUGGUGUCCCGAUCAUCGAGGUCUAUCGCCAGUCGCUGAACUCAAAGGUCGGCACAACAAUCUUCACCAUUUACUAUAUGGUCAUGUUUUACGACAUAGUUCUUAACCUUUUCAUCUUUGGUGGGAGAAUUGCCUGGUCUCUCGCACGAGAUGGAGGUGUUCCCUACCACCGAUUCUUCACGCAACUCGACCACGCAAGCCCUGUUCGGGCGACCGCCAUGAUCCUUGGCAUGGAGAUUAUUGUUGGGAUUUUGUUCGUGGCCUCAUCGACUGCAUACAACAGUUUUAUUGGUCUCACUCUCUUUGCCCUCAAUAUCACUGUUGCUCUUCCUCAAGCAGCUCUGCUCUUCCGCGGGCGGGAUUGCCUCCCACGUCGAGCAUUUUCUCUUGGCAAGUUUGGUUAUGUCGUGAAUGGGCUUUCCACAGCGUUUGUCAUUCUGUUCUCUGUCACAUUCUGUUUUCCAACCUCUAUUCCUGUUGCUCCCUCCUCAAUGAACUACUUGGUCGUGGUCAUGGCCGGCGGGUGGAUCCUGAUUGCAAUUUUCUGGUGGGCUGGGCUACGACGAUCUUUUACUGGGCCUACUGUGACUAUCGAUGCCCUGGCACCGAGCGACACAAGUGAAGCCAAGGACGAGGAGGAGCCAAAAUAUUGA